GCAGAUUCUCAUAAGAAAUUCAAAAAUUAUAAUGGUGUAGUUCAAAUAUAUGGAAUUACACGCGACCUGUUUAAUAUGAAUUAUUCAAUGGUAACAAAAUAUGUUUCUGAUUUAAUUUUAAAAAUAUUGGAUGGACAUCGACCAAUUAUCACUGGAGAUACAUCCGAAUGUUUCAAAAAGUUAAUGGCCAAUAAUCCCCUUGAUCGACCAAACAUUAACGAGCUAUAUAAAACAUUAAUUGAAUGGAAAAAUUCUGGAAAUGCGCAGUUUGAAGAGGCAGAAUCACUUAGAAAAAUGAUUAUCCGAUCUAGCGCAGAUAAAACAGAAAAUAUGGAAUUUAUACAUUCAGAGGCCAUAUAUACGAGUCGCUUAUUAUUUAAUAUGCUGCCUAUUUCACGUAGACGAACUUAUGUUUAUUCUGCUACAAAGAAGCCCAACCGUCAACCAUUAUUCGAGAAACCCGAAAUUCUAUUAACCGCAAGACAAACAUCAAACGCGCCGGAAAAUGAUGUCAACGAAAGUGCGGUAACGAAACGAACAGAAAAUUUCGAACGCGAUGACACAAAACAAAGUCACCAUCAAAUGACGAUACCGGAAACGACAAUACCAGCAAAAGGAAUACACCAGCAAACAACGAUGACGCCAAGACCCCAGAGAAACGACGCAAUAAUGAAAAAAGAACAAGAUUA